GUUUUAUGUAGUAGUAACAAAAUGUCAUCGGAACGACCGCCUGAAUGUCCUGAUAAUAUUUGUUUUUGUAAGAUUUAUUAAAUGCUUUCGACUCAAAAUAAUGUUUUUUCGAUGGUAUUUUGACUUGAAAAAAGUAGCAAAUGGAACAUCAUUGUUUAUUGGAAAGUCCUAAAAUCAGCUGAACGCAACUUUUAUAAUCUUAUAUGUGCAAGAUUAUCCAUAUGAACGACACACCUUCGUCAAUACUAUAAUAGAAUAACUGAAAAUAUGCAAGCUGACGAUCCUCCUUAUCUUUCUGUUGGAACAGCAGUAAGUGCUAAGUAUAAGGGUGCUUUUUGUGAAGCUAAAGUCAGCAAAGUUGUUCGAACUGUGAAAUGCAAGGUAACAUACAAAAUGGGACUAGGAAGUGCAACACUUAGUGAUGAACAAAUUAAAGGAACACUUAGAGUAGGACAACUAGUUCAAGCUAAGCAUUCUGAUCGGAAAGAGUUGGUAGAUGCCACUGUCACUAAAAUACAAGACUGCAGCCAGUACACUGUUGUAUUUGACGAUGGCGAUAUUACAACACUACGCCGAACUGCUUUAUGCCUGAAAAGUGGAAGGCAUUUCAACGAAAGUGAAACUCUGGAUCAGCUUCCCCUCACACAUCCAGAACACUUCGGAAAUCCAGUUGUGGGAGGCAGAAGAGGAAGAAGAAGCAGACAAGCUAAGGAAGACAGUAGUGAUGGAGAAGUUGAAGAAGAGAAUGAGCCAGACCUUGAAGCAUAUCUUCAAGACAUAAAACGAGUUGUCAGUGUCGAGGCUUCGGACAAAAAGCGAGGUAAAGAUAAUUGGUUUCCUGGCCUUGUGGUCAUACCGUCUGCCCAACCUACGGUGAGAAUCAACAUGAAAGAUGAAUAUUUGAUCAGGUCAUUCAAAGAUGGAAGAUAUAAGAUAUUAAAAAAAGACUACAUACUAAUACAAUGAAGAUCCAAUACUAUUAAAAAUGCGGAUGGAGAAGCUAUUCAAAAAGCAUUGAGAUUCCUGGACCACAAUGAACUUCCACCUCACUGGGAAAAAAGUUCGUUAUUUCAUUCACAUUCAAUAGACAGUGAAAGUGACGAAAAUUUCACUGACAGUUCAGAUGAUGAACCUAGCGAAGAGAAAGACCGAUUCGUGGCACAGUUAUACAAAUUCAUGGAUGAUGCUGGUACUCCUCUUAAUAAAACACCUACAAUUGCACACAGAGACAUAGAUUUGCAUCGCCUUUUCCGAGCCGUUCAGAAACUAGGCGGUUACAACCGUGUCACCAACCAAAACAAAUGGCGUACUGUUACAGCUCGUUUGCACUUACCUAAUAACCAGAGUACUUUCAACCAAGUGAAAGGUGUGUAUAAGAAAUGUCUGUCUAGUUUCGAGACCUUCUAUAGGACCUUGGGGGUCACCAUGUUGAAUCAUACCAGGGAGCCGAAAAAAAGCAAAGGCAGGAGCUUGAUCAGAGACAAAGACAGAAACACUCCUAUAAAUAGCCCUGGACCUGAAAAGGAAGAAGAGCCUGCAGAAGAAAAAAAAGAGCCUCCAGCUCAACCGCAGACACCUGUCGAGCCCUUAAAAUCAAAGAGGAUUGAAAAGAGAAAAGCUAUGGCUUUGGCUGCGGCGGCAGAAGUGAGCGAUACUUGUUCUAGUGAUACUACCGAUCAAUCGGAUGCAGCCAAAGACCCUAAUAGAACUAGAAGAGAGAGAACGGAGAGCAAGUCGGGUAAAGAAAGAAAGAUCAAAGGGCCUACUGGAGAAAAAGUAAAAGCUAUAGUGGAUAAAAUUGAAGAACAUGUCAAAAAGGAUGAGGAAGAAAAGGUUCAAUUCACACGCUCAAAAUCACAAACAAAGAUAAAAGAAGUUCCACCUGUCGCUGAAAAAAAGACUGAAAAUAAACCAGUGAAAGACACUAAGCAGUCAGUUAAAAUUAUCAAGAAGGCGACACCAACAACGGCAACUGUAACGCCACCUGUGGAUGAAGAUAAAAAACGAACCAAGAAACGUGGUCCAGAGGACAAAACUAUUCAUCCUGAAGCUAGCACUAGUAGCACUACGACAUCUGUGCAAGUUAACAUUGGAGAUAAACUUAAAGUAUACUAUGGCCCGACCCAUGAGUCGAAAGUCACUUAUGAGGCCAAAGUGAUCGAAAUCGAUAAGGAUCAAGCUGGAACUGUCUAUUUGGUACACUAUACAGGAUGGAAUAACAGAUAUGACGAAUGGAUCCAACCACAAAGAAUAGCAGAGAAUUUGAGUGCAGCUACCAAGGCAAAAAGGUCUAGGCUGUCUACGUCAAAUAUAGCAAGUACUAGCAAAGGUAACAAUCUGAAAUCUCCUGCUAAACGGGGCAGGCUCACCUCGGUUUCGGCACGGUCGGCCACCACAGAGGCUCCCAGAUCAACUUCUCCUUCCAGUGUUACUUCAUCAAGUAGUAGAACCAAGAGCCCUGGAACUCCUGCGACCAGAUCUAUGGCUAGGCUGACCAGACAGGAUUCUCUUAAACGGACAAGGAGAACAUCUGCCCAAACUGAUAACUCAAACCACACUGAAUCUGAAAGUGAGGAAGAAAUAGGUACGGGUAGCGAAUCUGAACUUUCAAGGACUCGCAGUGGGGCCAAAAUCGAGGAACCAGAAAUUAAGACCUAUAAGAGAAGACCACCUAAACCUCCUAUAUUGACGAAAAUGGAGAAACGUAAAGAUAAAGAUGACGAAGACACGGAAAAAGAGGAAGAACCUGAUAAACCGACAAGGAGAUUAAGAAAAAUCAAACGCUCUCCGGAAAAGUCUACUGAAGAGAGUGAAGAUGAGACAAAUCCUCCGAAGGGUCGCGAUUUUGACCUCAAUCAGAUCAGGUUGGAACUGAAGGGUUUCAGCAAGGCUAUCAAAGUCCCUACACUGGAAUCUAUAGACAAAGAAAUGAUAUCCUCAUCAGACGAUUCUAACGAGCCUCCUUGUUUAGAGAAACUCGUUGAAAUUGAUGAAGAACCAGAAGAAGAGGAAGAAGAAAAGGAGGAAAAACCACUCGAGAAGUGUUCCAGCUCCGAGGAUAUUUACGAGUUCAAAGAACCGGAGCCUUUCGAAUUUGAAAGCAGAUCAAAACUAGGAGAAGACAAGAAACGUUUAAUGCCGAGGAUAUUCGAGGAUUUGGAUAAGUCUCCGAAGAAAAGAAGCAACUCCAAAGCUUCUCCUGAUAAGACUGAGAGCACGGAGAGUCCCGACAGGCGACCCUUCCGCAGAUUACCUCUACCAAAACAGGAGGAGGAUUCUGUAGAAGAUUCUGAUGAGGACGACGAAGAAGAAGAAGAAACGAUCAUCCCCAUGUCUCCCCCCAGAGAAGAGGAGGAUCCCUUCGACAAAUUAGUAGAAUCGCCUAGCUUCAACAUCAUCAAAUCCAUGGAAAAAGUAGUUGACAAUAAGGACAAGGUUGUCAGGAAUCUCUGUGAGGAUUCGCUCAGCCUUUUCAGGGAGUUGCCAGAAACUAUCGAAGACUAUAGUGGGGAUAUGGAGCUAUCGGAUUGCGAAUCCCAAACGGAAAUAUUCACCACCAGUCCAGAGAAAAUGGCCAGAGAGGGGGUGGCGGUGGAGCUGUUUUCUGAAACAUUUUCUAAGCCUUCUCCCGAUUUCUCUAAGCCCUCGUCGCCCGAACACAAUACGCUCGAUUUGGAGUUUUCCUCUUCUGGCAAGACGAAUGAAUGCAAAAUGAAAGAUAGCGAUGACGAAGAUUCAAUUCGAGAGCAAAUUCAACGCGUGAUUGCGCAGAGUUCCUCAACUGAUGAGGACAGCAAUGAUGUUCUCAUAAUGUCAGUUCCCUCAACCAGUUUUCAGCCACAGAUGAAGGACGUGGAACCUGUCCCAACGAUGGCUGGUAUACUCACCAUGAAUAUCAUGGAUGUUCCUGCCCCUAAACAAGUGACGGAAGAAGUUCCCAAUGAAGCAAGUGAAAUGGAAGAGGAAAAGGAAAUACCACCCUCUAUUAUUGUGGAAAAAUCUGCAUUCACCAGCGAAAAGUCUAUAUUUAUUGUGGAAAAACCUCCAGUUACUGCGGAAAAGCUUCCAAUAAUUUCUCCUGCUUUACAAGAAACCGACAGUUCGCUGCUAGAAUCCAUAGUAUCACAACCACCGAUAUCCCUAGAUAUCAAGUUAGAAGAAACAGCAAAAGAACUGAGUAACAUCAAGACUGGCACAAAAAUUGCUGAUUCUAUUCUACAAAAGUUAAAUUCCAUCAAAAAUGAAAUGGAAAGUAAGCAGUCUCCAAAAAAGGAAGAACAGGAAGAAGAGGAGGAAGUUGAAGAUGUAAAGGAGGAGAAAAAGAUUGAUUUCAAGUUUGAAUUGGCAACUACAGUUUCUAAGGAGGAGCCACCACCAGAAACGAAGGUGCCUGUUGAAGAAGAACCUGUUGUAGUGAUAGAAGAGAAGCUGGAAGAUGAGGAAGAAGUAGAAGAAGAGGCAGAGGAAAUUCCUUUGCCUCCCAUAGAAGAACCAGUAAAGGAACGGUCACCCAGUCCAAAAUAUGAUGAACCUCCUGAUCCGAAGAAGAGGAAAAAGUCUUUGGGGAAAUCUUUCAUUGAAGAAACUGACUCGGACAGUAGCGAUUCUGAACAACUAGUUAUUGCAAGAUCAGACGAAGAUUCACAAACUAACUCUAUGGACAUGAAACUUCCAUUAGAUCCUAAGGAGAGUGACAGCAGCAAUAUGUUCACACAACUACAAACCACUGAUGAUUCUCAGUCUCAAGAGGAAAGGAAUUUCAAUUUUGAUGUUAAGGAUGCUGAAAAGAUAAAGGAACCUACUCCUCCUCCUCCACCUGUCAAAGAGGAAGAGAAAAUAGAAGAGGCGGAGCCUCCAAAAGAAGAGGAACCUGAUCCGCACUUACAUUCUCUAUUGCUCUGCGAGGAAGAAAUCCCACGUAGUCCAGCGCCCCCUAGCGAGUGUCCCAGCGCCGAGGAACCGAAGCCGGUAUUGAAAUCUGUGCUGGAAAUGCCUUUCGCAAGUGCACCCGGUACAAGCAACAGCAAGAUAAUGAUUUUGGAUCAAAAGGUACUCCAACGUAAUUCUCCACCCGUUUUGGAAAUGCCUCUGGAAAGGGAAAACUGCAGAGUGGAGGCAUCUACCGUUUUGGACAAUACGCCACCCACCACUCCUGAGAGUACCAUCAGCAACUUGUCUCCUAGAGACGAAAUUGGCGGAUUAUCUCCCAAUGCUGGUGACAAUGAAAGCUGCAAAUCUAACGAUAUUGAACCUGAAUACCCCAGACAAAGAACAUCAUCUAUUAAGGUGUCUCCCUACAGUGAAGAAGAUACUCAAAUGACUGGCGAGGGAACUUUGAAGAAAUUGAAAGAUCUCGUGCCGGCUUCUUGCAGGAAACGGCGAAAAUCUUUGAGAAAUUCCGACGACACGAUGCCGAGUAUCAAGAGGUGUAAGAAAUCGCAUAACAGAUCGAGGCACAACAGUGAUAGCGAUGACACGUCGGAACAUUCGAACACAGGCAGUACUAAGAUA